GUUCGUUCACUGUUAGCUAAAGCUUCACUGUGCAGCUGCAACCAGUUUGGUGCUUCAUGCUGCGUCUCAGAGGGCCUGAGCUCAGAGGUGGAGGAAGCUCGGCUGUCUGUGGGUUCCAGAUUUAGACGCUUGUGCCCCGGCUGACGCUGUCUGCUCUCGUGAGAGGGAGAAUCGACGUGUUUCAGGAAGUGGGGAGGUUGCAGCACUUUGAGAGACGGCUGGUUUGAGGGAACCAUGUGAUGAAUCAUACUUCCUGUAACAGCCAGGCCUCAGCUCGCUGCAUCUCUUCCCCCAGUGAUCAGCGGCACUCAGAGAUGGCGGGUACACGAAUCACGAGCCUGCAGAGUGCAGCAAAGCAGCCGCCGCCCGUCCCGUCGCCACAGCGCAGCUCGGCGGCGCAGGGAGGCGUGCAGCUCCGCAUUAAGGCCUCGCAGAGCCCCGCAGACCGGCUGAGCCAGUCCAAGUCCAUGGUGCUGCAGGAGUCCGACCUCCCUCAGAAACCAAUCUCUCGACAUCGCAGAAAUCAGUCUCAGCACGACGUCUUCAUCAUCGCAGGAGGAGGAGGAGGAGGAGGAGCAGCAGCUGAACCGUUGCUGAAAGGCGAACACCUGAAUGUGGCUAAAAUCUCAGAGGGCGGCAAGAAGCAGAGGAAGAACUGGACUCAGAUGUGGAGCGUGCUGACCUCAGACCAGCUGCUGUUUUACAAGGAGAUGCAACAAGGAUCAAGUCAGAAACCAGGAAGUAAGACGGAUGUGGUUCAGCUGUGUGGGGCUGUGAUCGAGUGGACGACGGAGAAGUCGAGCAGGAAAAACGUCUUCCGGGUCACAACGAGCACAGGAAGUGAGUACCUGCUUCAGACCGACAGCUACUCCACCGCCAGUAAGUGGUACGACAGCAUCAGGAAGACCAUCGACUCUUCAACCAAAGCAGACGGAGGACUUCCUCUGCGGCGGUCAAACAGCACAGAGUACCUGCCCAGGCACAGCUCCCUACCUGGAUAUGUCUCCGCCUCCCCGAUCACCAAGCAGCGCAGCCAAGUCAACAGACGCUCCAUCAACAUGUUUGGCAGCUCCAAGCUGAAACACAGCACCUCCGACAGCGCCGACAAGAACGGAGUGAAGAACAGACUGAAGAAGUUCAUCACCAGACGUCCGUCCAUGAAGACUCUGCAGGAGAAAGGCCUCAUCAAAGAUCGAGUUUUCGGCUGCCAUCUGGCGACUCUCUGCGAGCGUGAAGGAACCACGGUGCCCAAGUUUGUUAGGAUCUGUCUGGACGCUGUUGAAAAGCGAGGUCUGGAGGUUGACGGGAUCUACAGAGUCAGUGGAAACCUGGCCACAAUCCAGAAACUUCGCUUCAUCGUCGAUCAAGAGGAGGACCUGGACCUGGACCACAGUCAGUGGGAGGACAUCCACGUUGUCACCGGAGCCCUCAAAAUGUUUUUCCGUGAGCUGCCCGAGCCGCUGUUCCCCUUCAGCUUCUUCCAGCCCUUUGUGGAGGCCAUCAAGAUCAAAGAAUCCAAACAGAAAGUUCAGGCAGUGAAGAAACUGGUCCAGGAGCUGCCCAAACCCAACCAGGACACCAUGAAGCAGCUCUUCAGCCACCUGCUCAGAGUCCUGGCCUUCUCCAGGAAGAAUCUGAUGUCCACUCAGGGCAUCGGCAUCGUGUUCGGCCCCACGCUGAUGUGGCCCGAGCUGGACGCAGGAAACAUGGUCAACAUGGUCUACCAGAACCAGAUUGUGGAGUUCAUCCUCAUUGAGAGCCGGCAAAUCUUCAACCUGGACAGGAAGUAAAGUGUCCUGGAUGGGACUGUCUGAUGGAAUCACAUUUACCCCUGAGUUAAAAAGACCAAAGUCCUUCAGAUGUGUUUGAGAUCAGGAACAGCGUCUGGUUUUGGCUGGACUGUCAAAAAUAAACCAAAGCUUUCUGAGCAGAACCAGUUUUGAGAAAAUCCUUGUUUUAAAUAAGUGAUCGGAGUCUGGCACGUUAUGAGCACUUCAGCCCUCGUUUCUCCUGGACGACGACACGUCUCGAGGUCCUCGGGGCUCACCUGCAGAUUCAAACCUGACCCUCUGUGUCCGAUUACGAGAUACAAACUUUUCACACAUUAGUGGCGCCCCCUAAUGGCAGAAGAUCCCAGGACUGCAACUCGGUUUGGUUAGGAUGGCUGAAAGAAACUGAGUUUCUCUGUAAAAUUGAACUUAAAGAUGGGUUUAAAGUGUGUCAUUUCCAAAUUCCAUGAAUUACAAACCCAGAAGUUUUUCUAUGCGAGCACAGAAGACUCUUUGUUCAAAUCAAAUUUGUUGCAACAUUUAAGACAAUCAAUUAGUCUGAUAAUCAAUUUGUUUCUAAAGUAAAAAUGACUGAGGCAGCAAAUCCUCACGUUUAAGGAUUUACUGCUCCAGGCAUUUUUGUUAAAUUUUUUUCACAAAAGAUUAAGCACGAAAAUAAUUGUCACAUUACUUGAAUACGAUGAUGGAGGUGAUGCUCUCGCAUGUUAACAUUUAACAGACAUUUUGUCAGGCUGUGAUGUGUUUAUGUCAGGCCGUAUUUUUGAUGUUUUGUACCACACGUUAUCAGGCUUUAGCAGCUAAAUACUGCGUACUGUCAGAUCCUUUCACACGCAUCAACAAUAAAGAAAUAUUUUGUAAUGUGG